GGUCGCGCUCCCAGGACUGCCACUCUUCGCAAGACCCCGUCGCAGCCGUGUCGUCGUGCGUGAUGCCAGGGGUUAGCGGCACCGCCCGCGUCGACGUCACCGAGGACACCCUGGAGAGUACGACGGCGGCCCCGGAGCCGCGGGCCCAUACCGCGGCCCUGGACGUCGUGGUGCACUACCUGCGGAUGAUCUGCUCCUGGCCCGAGGGUCGCGGGCCGCUCGCGCGCGUGCUCGGUGAGUACUUCUUGCCGCUCACCUUCGCCGCGUCGGGCGUGCCGCAGCUGGUGUACUUCGGCCUGGGCGAGCACGACAACAACGUGGAGCUCUUCGGCUUCCUGGCGGACGCGCUCGGCUCCAGUCUCUGCUGCUUCAAAAUGAUCCACCUGCAGAGGCACGCCGUGACGAUCAUGGCCGUUCGCGAGAUCCUGGACGACUUCACGCCGAUGGAACGCUCUUUGGCCAGCCAGGCCCUGCCGCUCAACGAGCACUGCGAGAGGCGGAGCGCAACGUUGUUGCGGCGCUACAUACGAACUUACUCGGUGCUAUCCAUAAUUGGCUCCUUCUUCAUGAUCCUCGCCGUCAUCCGCAACGACCCCUGGUACCACGUCAAGGCACCCCGAUAUAUGAUGGAAACGCGACCGCUCUUCAUCCUCAUGGUCGUCAUUUCGACGAUCGAGUUGUACGUCUUCCCAGUGGCAAUAGGUGUCUUUGACGGCCUGGUUAUCACGCUGAGCCUCCACAUAGUCUGCAAGUGCGACGUGCUGGUCCUGAUGCUUCGGCAGGCGGUGCGCCGGGACACCGACGAGAUUGGCCUCCAGGACGCCGCCGAGGAGUGGGAGCGCCUGCGCUUGUGCGCGGUCUACCACCAGCACAUCAUCAGGCUGCACAGCGCUUCAGAGUCCAUCUUCUGCACCAUCGCCUUGUGCCAGAUGUUCUACAUCCUCUUCGGCCUAGGCACCCCGCUCUUCCGCAUGCUGGACAAGACGCAGGAGGUGGUACCCCAGGACAUCGCAUUUAGCGCCGUUUACGUGAUGUGGACCUUCAUUCAGCUGUUCACCUUCUGCUAUUCCGGUGACGUCGUGGCUAAGGCUUCGACGCGGCUGUCCUCGGCGACCUACGCGUCCUUCCACCCGUCGCUGUCCGGGAAGGAUAGGCAGCUGGGACGCAUCCAGCACAUGAUCGUCCUGCGCGCGCAGAGGCCCCUGUUCCUCACAGCGGGCCGCCUCAUGAACCUCACGCUGAAACUGUUCCAGGACAUCAUGCGACGGUCUUACUCGCUCUACUCCACGGUGAUCAACAUGAGGUAGACGACGACCUGCACCGCGCGGGCCAAUGGCAGGGGGGCGGUGGCAGGUCCACUCCGAUUUCUUCUUUCUAGUGUCUGGGUUUUUACAAUUUAUUUUUUAAAACGUUGCUAAUAAAACCGUACGCGGACCGGUGA